AUGCCUGAGCAGAGUAACGACUACCAGGUGGUGGUGUUUGGAGCCGGUGGCGUGGGGAAGAGCUCGCUGGUCCUUCGGUUUGUGAAAGGCACCUUCAGAGACACCUACAUUCCCACUGUGGAGGACACGUACAGACAGGUCAUCAGCUGUGAUAAGAGCGUCUGCACGCUGCAGAUCACCGACACAACAGGAAGUCAUCAGUUUCCCGCCAUGCAGCGCCUGUCCAUUUCCAAAGGCCACGCCUUCAUCCUGGUCUACGCCAUCACCAGCCGCCAAUCACUGGAGGAGCUGAAACCGAUCUACCAGCAGGUCGUGGCCAUCAAGGGCAGCGUGGAGUCCAUCCCCAUCAUGCUGGUGGGCAACAAGAGCGAUGAGACGGCCCAGCGGGAGGUGGAGACCAAGCAGGGCGAGGCCCAGGCCGCCGCCUGGAAGUGUGCCUUCAUGGAGACGUCGGCCAAGAUGAACUCCAACGUGAAGGAGCUGUUCCAGGAGCUGCUGACGCUGGAGAAGAAGAGGGACAUGAGUCUGAGCAUCGACGGGAAACGCUCGGGGAAACAGAAGCGAGCUGACAAGCUGAAGGGGAAGUGCAGCGUCAUGUAG